CCGAGUCGCCAUACUGACAACCAUAUCACUAAUUUGUGUUAAAUAUAGCCAGAGAGGAUGUAAGAUAAAACAUUAAACAUGUCCAAACAAAUAGCGGAGUCAUUAAUUAACAUGUCUUCCGGAUUGCCACACAGGAAAUACCGAGAUAUAGCGGUACUUUAAUUUCAGAUGCCGGGGGGGACCAAACAACCUGCAUGAGAGAUGAGGAAAUUACAGAUGACACUACAGAAGAGCAUGUGAAGAGCUGCUCAUUAAAAAUACUGUGUAGCGCAAGACUAUCUAUUUGUCCAAUAACAUUAUGUUUAAAUGCAUAUAACUGAGAAUACUGUAUGUUUACGUUGUAAUUAAUUAACUUCCUUUAAACCAAUUACAUUUACAACUCAUUAUUUAUAAAAAAGUGGGCUAAAUUGUAAUGUCAAACCGUUAUUAUUCAUGCUGCAAAUAAAACACAUGAUCAAUCUCCUUGGAUAGUGACUUUAAUUAGAGAUUGUCUUUAGUAGCCAACGAAUAGCAGGCCAUUACAACCCAGAAACAAAUCAGUGAAAAUGUUUUCUCUCUCUUUUUUUAGAUAUUGUUUUCAUAUUAAAACACUAAUUUCUGCAUAUCAAUAACUUUAUUUGUAAUGGUGUCUUCUCUUCACAUGUUCUGUCAACUUGUGUAUGUUGAAUGCAACAGCUUGUAGCUGUCAACUGAAGAAAAGCAUGUCAACAGUCGUUCGGCACGUGAAGUGUGUUCUCAAGAGACCGCUGAAAUCAGUCACAAGAGGGUCUGUCUCUUGGGCUAUAGAGACAGUGGUGUAUGUCAAUACACCUCAGUUGAAAUCUGUGUCUGCUUCUCAGUCAGACCUCUGUGUCGUUCCCGCUGUGACAUUACAGGACCGUCUUUGAAACUCGAGAGGCAACACGACAUUUUUCGUUCUAAACUUUUUAUUUUUUCUGUUACGCUUUAUUUUAACUUCAUGUAUUUGGUAGGUAUAGGUGAUAGUGGAAAAUGCGCUCCGUGUAGCCAUUCUUGAGAUUCAUUCCAUCGGAUUAAAUAACAACACAUUUACAUUGGAAAAUUAGACAAAAAGUUUGUUUAGGAUGUGGACCAAGAGGAUUCUUUCGUGCUUGGUUGGACUGGUGGCGUUGACGGGUUUUCUAGUGGUAAAAGUAACAGGACAAGACCCUCCAACGCUCGGGGGGAAAACGCUUCUCAAGGUGGAUGGAGAUCAGACGGCUGCCUCAAAUCGAGUCAGGAGAAGAGGAAAGCAGGAAUCCUUACGAGGGCCCAAUGUGUGUGGAUCACGUUUCCACUCCUACUGUUGUCCAGGCUGGAAAACCUUGCCCGGGGGCAACCAGUGUAUCGUGCCCAUAUGCCGGAACAGCUGUGGAGAUGGAUUUUGCUCACGGCCCAACAUGUGCACAUGUCCCAGUGGCCAAAUUGCACCAACCUGUGGGACAAAGUCCACCCAGCAGUGUAACAUCAGGUGUAUGAACGGUGGUCUCUGUGCUGAGGACCACUGUCAGUGUCAGAAGGGCUUCUCAGGCUCCUACUGUGGACAACCCGUCUGUGAAAGUAAGUGCCAAAACGGCGGGCGCUGCAUUGGACCCAACCGGUGCGCUUGUGUCUACGGGUUCACUGGGCCCCAGUGUGAGAGAGACUACAGGACAGGCCCUUGCUUCACCAAGGUCAGCAACCAGAUGUGCCAGGGCCAGGUGAGUGGCAUCGUGUGCACCAAGACCCUGUGCUGUGCCACGGUGGGGCGUGCCUGGGGACACCCCUGCGAGAUGUGCCCGGCCCAGCCCCAGCCGUGCCGCCGAGGCUUCAUCCCCAACAUACGCACCGGAGCCUGCCAGGAUGUUGACGAGUGCCAGGCCAUCCCGGGACUCUGCCAGGGAGGUAAUUGCAUCAACACUGUGGGUUCGUACGAGUGCAAGUGUCCAGCUGGCCACAGGCAGAAAGAGGGCUCCCAGAAGUGCGAGGAUGUGGAUGAGUGUGUCACCAUUUCCCGCAUUUGUGACGGAGGACAGUGUUUCAACUCGGUGGGCGGUUACUCCUGUGUUUGUCUCUCUGGCUACAUCCCAUCUCCUGACAAAACUCGCUGCAUUGACCAGCAGGCAGGCUCGUGUUUCGGGGGUCUGCUGAACGGGCGCUGUGCCCAGGAGCUGCCCGGCCUCUUCAGUAAGGCCACAUGCUGCUGUGACAGCGGACGCUGCUGGGCACGAGGGUCACUGCCUGAAAUAUGCCCAGUCCGAGGAUCAGAGGAGUACCGCCGGCUGUGUGUCCAAGGAGUCCUACCCUACCCAGAUGGAGACUUUGGAGGGAGACCCAACCCCAUGAAUCCUCUAAAUCCUUUGAUCCCUCAAAGGCCCAAUGGUGGCAACGACCCGUCCAGCCCCAAUGGUGGGUAUGAUCCAUCCAGACCCAAUGGUGGGUAUGACCCAUCCAGACCCAAUGGUGGGUAUGACCCAUCCAGACCCAAUGGUGGGUAUGAUCCAUCUAGACCCAAUGGUGGGUAUGAUCCAUCUAGACCCAGCAGUGGCUACGAUCCAACACUGAAUGGCCAAGGGGUUCCUAAUGGAAAUGGACAAAGGCCAGACUUAGGCACAGCGACUCUGAACCAGACGAUAAACGUCUGUAAGCAGCUGCCCAACCUGUGUCUGCACAGUCGCUGCAUCCUCGUGGGCUCUAGCUACCGCUGCGAGUGCAACAAUGGAUACACUCUGGACACUCGCCAAGAAUGUGCAGAUGUAGAUGAGUGUUCCUCCGACCCGUGCCCCAAUGGGAACUGUGUGAACACGGCCGGUUCCUUCUACUGCAAGUGCCACACAGGGUUCCAAAGAAUCCCAGGGAAACAGGUCUGCAUCGACAUUGACGAGUGUCUGCACAACGGGGUUCUGUGUAAGAACGGCCGCUGUCUCAACAUGGAUGGAAGCUUCCAGUGCAUCUGUAACGCAGGCUUCCAGCUAACCCCAGACGGCAGGAACUGUGUCGACCAUGACGAGUGCGCCGGCACCAACAUGUGUCUGAACGGCAUGUGUAUCAACGAGGACGGUAGCUUCAAGUGUCUGUGCAAACCCGGCUUCACCCUGACUUCCAGUGGGCGCUACUGCACAGAUAUUGAUGAGUGUCAGACUCCGGGCAUGUGUAUGAACGGCCGCUGUGUCAACACUGAGGGCUCCUUCAAGUGUGAGUGCCUGGCAGGGCUGGCUGUGGGGGCGGAUGGACGCUUCUGUGUAGACACACACAUGCGCAGCACCUGCUACGGCGCCAUAAAGAAGGGUGUGUGCGUGCGUCCCUUGCAGGGAGCCGUCACCAAGUCGGAGUGCUGCUGUGCCAACACCGACUACGGCUUCGGAGAGCCCUGUGUGUCUUGCCCAGCCAAGAACUCAGCUGAGUUCCAGGCUCUGUGUGGAAGUGGAAUAGGCUUCUCUGUGGAUGGAACAGACAUCAAUGAGUGUGCACUGAACCCAGAGAUCUGUCCCAAUGGAGUGUGUGAGAACCUAAGAGGCAGUUUCCGCUGCUUCUGUAACACUGGCUACGAGUCUGACAACACGGGCAAGACCUGUGUGGACAUUGACGAGUGCAUGGUGAACCGGCUCCUCUGCGACAACGGACUGUGUCGGAACAUUCCAGGAAGCUACAGCUGCACCUGCCCCAAGGGCUACCUCUUCAGGCCAGACUCUGAGACAUGCGAAGAUGUGAAUGAGUGUGAAAACAGCCCCUGUUCUAAUGGACAGUGUAGGAACACAGCCGGCUCCUUUGCCUGCGAGUGCUCCCCUGGGAGCAAGCUGGACACCACAGGACUCAUCUGCAUUGACAGCCUGAAAGGGACCUGUUGGCUGAAUAUCCAAGAUGGCCGCUGCGAGGUCAACAUCAACGGCGGCACCCUCAAGUCAGAGUGCUGUGCCACCCUGGGCGCUGCCUGGGGAAGUCCCUGUGAGCAGUGUGAGAUAGAUCCCAUCUGUUCAAGGGGCUACGCCAGGCCACGAGGAGUCACAUGUGAAGAUGUGAACGAGUGCGUGGUCUUCCCAGGUGUGUGUCCCAAUGGGUACUGUGUAAACACCAAGGGCUCCUUCAAGUGCCAGUGUCCUGACGUUCUCACACUGGACUCCAGUGGCCGAGUGUGUGUGGACGUGCGGUCUGAGCACUGUUACCUGACGUGGGAAGAGGACUCGUGUGCCAAGCCCGUGCCCGGCCGUUUCCGCAUGGACGCCUGUUGCUGCACGAUGGGCGCCGCCUGGGGGAAGGAGUGCGAGGCGUGCCCCCUGCCUGGCACUUCCGAGUAUGAUGCCCUCUGCCCCCGAGGCCCAGGCUUCGCCAACCGAGGAGACGUCCUCACCGGAAGGCCCUUCUAUAAAGACAUCAAUGAGUGUAAGGUGUUCCCCAGCAUGUGUGUCCAUGGCAAGUGUCGCAACACCAUAGGCAGUUUCAGGUGCCACUGCGCCGGAGGAUUUUCCCUCGACACGGAAGAGCGCAACUGUACAGACAUAGAUGAGUGUCGUAUCUCUCCGGACCUGUGUGGCCAAGGGGUCUGUGUCAACACUCCGGGUAGUUUUGAGUGUGAGUGCUCCGAGGGCUAUGAGAGUGGCUUCAUGAUGAUGAAGAACUGCAUGGACAUAGACGAGUGUGAGCGGGACCCGUCCCUGUGUCGUGGGGGGUCUUGUGAGAACACAGAGGGCAGCUACGAGUGUGUUUGCCCCCGGGGACACCAGCUCACUGCGGACGGGGCAGUGUGCGAGGAUUACAACGAGUGCGAGCAGAGCGUCAGCUUGUGUCGGAACGGCCAGUGUGUGAAUGUGGCCGGUACCUACCACUGCUCAUGUGACUCUGGUUACCAAGCAACUCCUGACAGACAGAGCUGCGUAGAUAUUGAUGAGUGUACCAUUGAGAAUGGCGGCUGUGACCUGCACUGCACCAACUCAGAGGGGAGUUAUACGUGUAGCUGCAACAAUGGCUAUGCACUGAUGACAGACGAGAGAAGCUGCUCUGAUGUGGAUGAGUGUGAACAGGAGCCUGACAUAUGUGAUGGAGGACAGUGCACUAACAUCCCAGGGGAGUACCACUGUCUGUGCUACGACGGCUUUAUGGCUGCCCUGAACAUGAGGCUCUGCAUAGAUGUGAAUGAGUGUGACCUGAACUCCAACAUCUGUAUGCACGGCGAGUGUGAGAACACCAAGGGUUCGUUCAUCUGCCACUGUCAGCCUGGCUACUCAGUCAAGAAGGGAACUUCUGGAUGUACAGACAUGGAUGAGUGUGAGAUCGGGGCUCACAACUGUGACGUCAACGCCAACUGUGUCAACACCCCCGGGGACUUCCGCUGUUCCUGCCGUGUCGGCUGGGUGGGCGACGGAGUCAACUGCAUAGAUAUGGAUGAGUGCACCAAUGGGACGAGCCACUGCAGUGCCAACGCCAAGUGUCUGAACACACCCGGCUCCUACCGCUGCGCCUGCGCUGAGGGCUUCACUGGAGACGGCUUCACCUGUUCAGACGAGGAUGAGUGUGCAGAGAACGUGAAUCUGUGUGAGAACGGCCAGUGUCUCAACACCCCUGGGGGUUACCGCUGUGAGUGUGAGAUGGGAUUCACCCCUGCCCCGGACAGCCGCACCUGCCAAGAUAUUGACGAGUGCACCUUCCAGAAUAUCUGUGUGUUUGGCACGUGUAAGAACAUCCCCGGCAUGUUCCGCUGUAUCUGUAACGACGGCUAUGAGCUGGACCGCUCCGGAGGCAACUGUACAGACGUGGACGAGUGCCUGGACCCCAUCAACUGUGUGAACGGGCUGUGUGUGAACAUCGACGGCUCCUACGAGUGUAACUGUCCUCCAGACUUUGAACUCAACCCUACUGGGGUGGGAUGUGUAGACACACGUGUGGGGAACUGUUUCCUGGAGCAUGGACCCAGGGGUGACAGGCGGUCCUGCAGUGUGGAGGUGGGGGUGGGAGUCAGUCGCUCCUCCUGCUGCUGCUCCCUGGGGCGUGCCUGGGGAAACCCCUGUGAACUCUGCUCUGCUUCCAACACCUCGGACUAUAAUACACUCUGCCCAGGAGGAGAGGGUUUCAGGCCCAACCCAGUCACCAUCAUACUAGAAGACAUAGAUGAGUGUCUGGAGCUGCCGGGCCUGUGUCAGGGAGGAAACUGUGUCAACACGUUUGGCAGCUUCUCGUGUGACUGUCCUCCUGGCUACUACCUCAACAUAGACAGUCGCAUCUGUGAAGACAUUGACGAGUGUGUGGUGAAUCCUGUAAUCUGUGGCCCUGGCAUCUGCUACAACACACUGGGGAACUAUACCUGUGUGUGUCCACAGGAUUACAUGCAGAUCAACGGAGGCAACAACUGCAUGGACAUGAGAAAGAGCCUGUGCUACAGGAACUUCAACGGCACAACGUGUGAGAACGAGCUGGCCUUCAACCUCACCCACAAGAUCUGCUGCUGUGCCUACAACGUGGGCAAGGCCUGGAACAAGCCCUGCGAAGCCUGCCCAACCCCCGGCACCGGUGACUAUAAGACCCUUUGUGGAAACAUCAUCCCUGGCUUCAAACUGGAUAUUGAAACUGGGAAAGCAGUGGAUAUUAAUGAGUGCAGAGAAAUUCCAGGUAUCUGUGCUAGCGGGGUCUGUAUCAACCAGAUAGGGAGCUUCCGCUGCGAGUGUCCCACCGGCUUCAGCUACAACGACCUGCUGAUCAUCUGUGAAGACAUCGAUGAAUGUAGCAGUGGGGAGAACCUGUGCCAGAGGAACGCUGACUGUAUCAACAGCCCUGGGAGCUACCGUUGCGAAUGCUCUGAGGGCUUCAAUCUCUCCCCCAUAGGAGCCUGCAUCGACCGCAACGAGUGUCUGGAGAUCACCAACGUGUGUAGCCAUGGCGAGUGUGUGGACAUCCAGGGGGGCUACGAGUGCAGGUGCCACCACGGCUUCAAGGCUACGCCCAACCGCAAGAUGUGCAUGGAUGUCGAUGAGUGCGAGCGGUUGCCUUGUCGCAACGGAACCUGCAAGAACACAGUGGGCUCCUUCAACUGUCUGUGUCAUACCGGGUUUGAGUUCUCACACCACAACGACUGCGUGGAUAUUGACGAGUGUCAGACAUCCUUUGGCGCGCUGUGCAGGAAAGGCCAGUGUAUCAACAGUGUGGGCUCCUUCCAAUGUCUGUGUGAGGAGGGCUACAAGCUAACCCCUGAUGCCAAGAAUUGUAUGGAUGUGAAUGAGUGUAUGAUCUUCCCCGGGACAUGCACUCCUGGAACCUGCCAGAACCUGGACGGCACCUUCCGUUGUCUCUGUCCGCCGGGCCACAUAGUCCAGAACAAGCAGUGUAUAGACGUCAACGAGUGUGACGAAGACCCUAACAUCUGCCUGUUUGGCUCCUGUUUCAACAACCCGGGCAGUUUCCAGUGUGUGUGCAGGCCUGGCUUCAUACUGUCUGAGAACAGUCGCAGGUGUUACGACACCAGAGAGAGUUACUGCUUCACCCGCUUUGUGAACGGCAAGUGUUCGGUGCCUCAGGCCUUCAACACCAGCAAGGCCAAGUGUUGCUGCAGCACUAUGCCCAAGGAGGGCUGGGGAGACCCCUGUGAACUUUGUCCCAAGAAGCAGGAUGUGGCGUUCCAGAACCUGUGUCCCUUCGGCCAUGGCAUAAUCCCUGGGACUGGAGACACACGCAUAGACUUGAAUGAGUGUGUGGAGAACCCAGGCAUCUGUAACAACGGACACUGUAUCAACACAGACGGCUCAUUCCGCUGCGAGUGUCCAGUAGGCUACACCCUCAACUACACUGGGGUACACUGCAUCGAUGUUGACGAGUGUUUGGUGGGGAACCUAUGUGGGAACGGGACGUGCUCUAACGUGAUUGGAGGGUUCGAGUGUAACUGUGAGGAGGGCUUUGAGCCAGGCCCCAUGAUGACCUGUGAAGACAUCAACGAGUGUGCAAUCAGCCCCCUGCUGUGUGCAUUCCGCUGCAUCAACACCUUCGGAGGAUACGAGUGCAUGUGUCCCGAUGGCUACACUCUGAGAGAGAACCAGAGGAUGUGCCAGGAUCUGGAUGAGUGUUCCGAGGGGCUCCACGACUGUGAGUCCAGAGGCAUGACCUGCAAGAACCUCAUCGGCACCUUCAUGUGUGUGUGCCCGCUGGGGAUGGUGCGGCGCCUGGACAACGAAGUGUGCGAGGAUGAGAAUGAGUGUCGUAGCAAGCCGGGGAUCUGUGAGAACGGUCGUUGUAUCAACACUAUAGGCAGCUACAUGUGUGAGUGUGGAGGCGGCUAUGAGUCUGACUCUACACGGACACAGUGUCUCGACUACAGGGAGGGCUUCUGCUUUACAGAGAUGCUCAUGACUAUGUGCCAGAUGUCUUCCAGCAGCCGGACCCCCACCACCAAGUCCCAGUGCUGCUGUGACGGAGGCCGCGGCUGGGGUAACCAGUGUGAGCUCUGUCCCCUGGCUGGCACGGCAGGCUACAGGAAGCUCUGUCCCCACGGCCCGGGGUACGCCACCGACGGCAUGGAUAUAGACGAGUGUAAAGUAAUCCCUGACACGUGUAAGAAUGGACGCUGCAUCAACACCAUGGGAUCCUACCGUUGCCACUGCAAAAUGGGCUACACCGCCACCAUCACUGGAACGGCCUGCGUGGAUCUGGAUGAGUGUGGCAUGUCCCCCAAGCCGUGUAAUUUCAUCUGUAAGAACACAGAGGGAAGUUACACUUGCUCCUGUCCCCGUGGUUACGUGCUCCAAGAGGACGGCAGGACCUGCAAAGAUUUGGACGAGUGCCAGACCAAGAGGCACAACUGUCAGUUCAUGUGUGUCAACACCGUGGGUGGAUUCACCUGCAAGUGUCCCCCUGGCUUCACCCAGCACCACACUGCAUGCAUAGAUAAUAAUGAGUGUGUCGGGGAACCCUCCCUGUGUGGCACCAAGGGCAUCUGUCAGAACUCCCCUGGCAGCUUCAACUGUGAGUGCCAGCGGGGCUAUGAACUGGACGACACCGGACUGCACUGUGAUGACGUGAACGAGUGUGACAGUAACGACAGGUGCCAACAUGGCUGCCAGAACAUGCUGGGCGGCUACCGUUGUAACUGCCCUCAGGGCUACACACAGCACUACCAGUGGAACCAGUGUGUGGAUGAGAACGAGUGCUCCAACCCGGGCAGCUGUGGAUCGGCCUCCUGUUACAACACGCUAGGCAGCUUCAAGUGUGCCUGCCCCUCAGGCUACAGCUUCGACUCAUUCAGCAGCAGCUGUCAGGAUGUCAACGAGUGCUCCAACAAGAACCCCUGUAACUACGGCUGCUCGAACACAGAGGGAGGCUACCUGUGUGGUUGCCCGCUGGGCUAUUUCCGCAUGGGCCAAGGUCACUGUGUGUCAGGCUUGGGCUUUGGGAAGGGCCAGUAUGAGGGGCCAGAGAUAGAAGACAACACUCUCUCCCCAGAGACCUGCUACGAGUGUAAGAUCAACGACUACCCCAAGAAGCACGGCCGCAACAGGCGCGACGCCAACGGAACGCAACCCAUAGAGCACAACCAGGUGAGCCUAGCCAGUCUGGACAUGGAAGUUCCUGUCACCCUGCUGCUCAACGUGUCCCAGCUCAACCCCAAGGAGCACAUCCUGGAGCUGGUGCCCGCCAUCAAGCCCUUGGUGGGCCACGUGCACUACGUCAUCGCCAGCGGCAACCAGCAAGGCCUGUUCCGCAUCCAGCAGCGUGACGGCCUCUGCUACCUGCACAGCACCAAGAGGAAGGGAGCACUGGCGGCAGCGCGGGAGUACACGCUGGAGAUCGCCAGCUUACCGCUCUACGGCAAAGCCCAGUUCAAAGAGCUGGAGGACCACCGGGACCAAGACUACCUCACGGGGGAACUGGGGGAGAACCUGCACAUGAGGCUGCACAUCCGACUGCAAUAGCUGGAGUGGGAUUGGGGGAAACACAGGGAAACACCCCUUGUUUUCCCUUCAAACUGGUGUUUUUCAGUUCACCACCAUUUUAAAGCCAAAUGAUAUGUGGAAGGAAUGUUGGAUUUUUUUCUUGUUUGCAUUUUUUCUUGUUUGCGUUUUUGACCUCAAAGUACUGUCCAGAAUCUCUCUAGGGCAGCCCAAUUCUAAAAAAUAAAAAAAACUUUCACUAAUUUGUCUUUCAGUGGAAGAAAUAUCAGAAUUGGGCUGCCUGUGUAAACACAGCCUAGGAAAAGAGAGUGACUCGAAGCAUGAACAUGAGACUUUACAUCUUUCACAGGUUCUCCCUCGCUGUGAGUGACCUCAUGCCAGGACCAUGUACACGAGUGGAAGACGAAGAGCAAGACAUGAUGUUCAAAUGACCUGGAUAGUUUAGUUGGUCAGUUCACAGUAAGGAAAUAGCAUGUGAUGUUCUGGCGAUAGGCUCUGAAAGUACACAUGACUAGUACAUCUGCAGCAUGGUGGGUUGCUAGAAUACGGUUGACAAUUUUAUGGAAGUCAGCUUGGUUAUUUUAGUGACUAGACACACUCUUGGUGAAUUCAUAGUUGACUGUUGCAGAGCUGCCACAGUCCCACAUUCAUUAUGUAGUGGUCCGACAGACUAUUGCAGCUCUGCGCCUGUGAACGUAUCAAUUGAGCAUUACAGGGCAUAGCAUCCUCCUGUAAGAUUUUGUAUUCUAGGCCUAUUGGUCGUGGUAGAACAUUGUCAAUAUGGGAUUGGUGCCUCGAAAAGGGAAACUGAGGUUUUAGGACACAACAUGGAAUCACAUCAUUAUAAAGAAUAAUAGUAAUCAAAAAAAUGUGUAUUCUUACAUAUGUACAUAUUAACAAUCAGUAAUUCAAUUAUUGUGAACUGAUUUUUUGUAUUUAUUUUAGUAUUUAAUACAAAGUUGUACACUAUUGGUCAAAUUCACAUCUAAUAAAAUGACACACAAAAAAAGUGGCAUUUACGUUUUUACACACCCUCAAUUUGUAUUAUCUACGUGUAUUACAGAAACACCCAUCAGUUGUUAGAAACACAUAUGUUUGGUCUAAUAUACAGGAGUAUGUAUGUUCAUAUUGCACAAUUACCUCAACUAUUAGUCUCUACAGAUAAGGCUAUGUGACCAAUGAAAGCAUGUAUCAAUCCAAUUUCUUAAGUCAGCUGUUAAGGAUAUGGGUUUAAUAGAAUAUUGUUUAUGUUGAAUGAAAAUGAUCAUGGAAGUCAUUGAGAAAGAGGUGGGUCUAUCUCACAGAGGGAUGCUUCACUCAUUGAAACGUUUGACCAAAGAGAAGUGUCUUACAGUAAGAAAUAUGAAGCUGUCUGGAGGUGUAAUCAAGGACAGUAGAUGUGGUGAGCACCUUAUUGUUGUUUUGCUUUGAGAAUGUCUUCCAUUCAAAAGAUUUUAUUUUAAUUCCCCCCCUGUGGCAUCAGUUCUCAAACUGUAAGUCCCUUUUGGUUGGAGGAUUUUUAUACUCGCUAAGAAGCAAUAGCAAGUAGCCCACAGAAACCAGGACAUUUUUUUUUGUCAUUUUUGUUUACAUGUUUAAAUAUAUCUACACAGAGUAAACUAACAGGGGUACAGUCAAUAAUGUAUAUAAACACUAGAUCACCCACAGGGGGUGUUGUUUUGAAGCUACUGCGCCACCAUCUUUGUUCUCCACCAUUGUUUUAAAGGUUUUGGAAAAUAUAGAAACGCAUUUAUCAAUGUCUAUAUUGCAGACACCUUAUCACAUACUUUUUACAUUAUAUUAUGUGAACUGAACUAACCCGUAAAGUAUAUAUAUUUUUUAAAAGUAUUGCUACUGUCCCUACUACAACAAAGAAAUACUUAGAUGCAUGUAAUUUUGUCCUUUAGAAUUCCAUUCAUUCAUACGGAGGACUGCGCCUUCUGAGCGGUACACUUUUAGAAGAAGAAAAACGUUUUUUUUAUUUUUUUUUUAAAGAGGGUUAUUUCGGCUGUCCCCAUAGGAGGCAAAAAAGGGUUCUUCAAAUGGUUAUCCUAUGGGGACAGCCGAAGAACUCUUUUAGGUUCAGAACCUUUUUUUCUGAGUACCACUAUGGUGGCAAUGGCUUCAGAGCCUCUCAUUGGCCAAUACAUAGUAUUUAUAUACAUCAUUGGGUACAAUGAAUCAUGUAAGUACACAAACAUGCAAUAGCCUUUUGUUCCACAGUUUUUUUGUGGCGAUGUCCUACUAACAAUGUGUAAUACAGUUACGUAAUAAUGUUACAUCAACAGUAAGUAUGAGUAUUGCUACUAGUAUUAUAAAUGCUCCCUACUUAGGAUGUUUUUAAUGAAACCAUUAGACCAUAUAGAUGUACUGUAGCAAUGUUGAACUGGUGCUCAAUGAUGACAGUACUGUAUACACAGACAUUUUCAGAGAUUUUAAACUUACUGCAUCGAUGCAAAGACUGAACAUUCAUGUCAAAACAAAUCUAUAACAUUGUGUUUUGUUGUUGUAUUUUUGUACUCUUGAACUGAACGUAUUUUUAACAUGUUACCGUGCAGUUGCUCACAAAUAGAUAUGUGUGAAUCUUUGUACUGAUGUCCAGUUUUAUUCAUCGUAAAUCUUUUUACAGUAAAUGUGUUGUUUUUUGAGGUGUGA